CUUGACAGUGUUCUCUUCUAAGCACCCACCGAUCAGUGGUCCUGAUCACCCAGGAGAGGAGCGGUAAUGAGCCUACAUCUCCGGGAUGUCAUUUACUGUGUGUCUGGCUUUGUUCACAGCUGUCAGGUUCAGACGUGGCAACAUUCUGGAUCUCAGCUGACCUCCAAGAAUCUCCCUGCCCUGAGCCAAUGCUGGAUCUGGAGGUUGUACCAGAGAGAUCCCUGGGCAACCAGCAAUGGGAAUUUACCUUAGGAAUGCCCCUGGCUCAGGCAGUAGCAAUCCUCCAGAAGCAUUGCAGGACCAUCCGGAAUGUGCAGAACCUGUAUAGCGAGCAGUGUCCACUGAAUCAUGACCUCAUCCUCAGCCUGACUCAGGACGGGAUCAAACUGCUGUUUGAUGCUUAUAAUCAAAGGCUAAAGGUGAUAGAAGUUUAUGAUUUGUCAAAAGUAAAAUUAAAAUACUGUGGAGUUCACUUCAACUCGCAGGCCAUAGCUCCCACUAUAGAGCAGAUAGAUCAGUCAUUCGGAGCAACACAUCCAGGAGUAUACAACUCAGCUGAGCAACUGUUCCACCUCAACUUCCGCGGUUUAUCUUUCUCUUUUCAACUGGAUUCUUGGACAGAAGCCCCCAAAUAUGAGCCUAAUUUUGCCCAUGGGUUGGCAUCGAUUCAGAUACCACAUGGAGCCAUGGUGAAGCGCAUGUACAUCUACAGCGGUAACAGCCUCCAAGAUACAAAAGCUCCUCCUAUGCCUCUGAGCUGCUAUCUGGGCAACGUGUAUGCAGAAAGUGUUGACGUUUUGCGUGAUGCAUCUGGACCUUUAGGACUGAGGCUCCGUCUCAUCAGCACAGGUUGUGGUCCGGGAGUGAUGGCUGAAGCAAAGACGCGGACAUCUGAGCGCUGUGUAUAUUUUGGAGAUUCCAGUCAAGAUGUCUUGAGCACACUUGGUGCACCACACAAAGUCUUCUACAAGUCUGAGGAUAAAAUGAAGAUUCAUUCCCCGUCCCCCCACAAACAGGUUCCUGCCAAGUGCAAUGAUUAUUUCUAUAAUUAUUUCACCCUCGGAGUGGAUGUUCUAUUUGAUGCGAAUACACACAGGUCCAAGAAGUUUGUAUUGCACACAAAUUAUCCAGGACAUUACAAUUUUAACAUUUAUCAUCGUUGUGAUUUCCGGAUUCCGUUAACAGUGAAGAAAGACAACUCUGAAACUGAAGAAAUCUGCACCACCUACAGCAAGUGGGACAGUAUUCAAGAACACUUGGGGCACCCUAUGGAGAAGCCAGUUGUCCUUCACAGAUCUUCCUCGCCAAAUAACACAAACCCCUUUGGAUCAACUUUUUGUUUUGGUCUACAGAGGAUGAUUUUUGAGGUCAUGCAAAACAACCAUAUAGCAUCAGUUACCCUUUACGGAGCCUCAAGAUCCACCGUGCAUCAGAAAUCGUCAGAGCUGAGCCAAUAAGCAUGAGAACAGCGGGUGAGGUUGUACAGCCCAGCGUGCCUUCACUUGCUGACAGAUACCCACAGUAAACACAGCAGUAUGCGCUGUUGGCCACGCAGCAAAGAGUUGCAAGGAUUGUGGGCGUUUGCAGUCGUCGUUUCCAGUUCCUGCCGGGCAUCCUUCUUGCAGCCAGCACACCCUCCACAUCCCUGUAUCCAUUUCUGCAGGAUGUCGGGGCCUCUGCUGCGUGUAAAAGCACAAACACGCUCGAGCCACGCGCAGGAACCGGGCGUAUAAAGCCUUUGUGUUUAGUGUUAUUGAAUUCACGUGGUAGUCACAUCUGUAUAUACUCUAUUCAUGGGCAAAUACAUGAAUAUCUCUGUGGUUCAGGACAGUCUGAUAUGUCAUUGGCGUGUUUGUAUAUAUGCAUAGGUUUAUAUAUACAGCCACAUAUUCAGGUACCACAUCAUGAGACUUUAAAAUGGUCAUACACACAAACUACCAUCAGAAUUAGUGUCUGUACAGAAAAGACGUAGGCUUUCCCCCCCUAUGUGGCAAGAGGUCAUUUGCACUGAUGCAUUGAGAUUUGUUUUUUCGGAUCAUGUAAUCUGCUCCUGAGUAACUGCUAAUCUUAAGCAAGUCUAAAAGGGAAGUAUU